GAACAAUUUACACUGCGUUUUACAUAUUGCACAGAACUAAGUCUACAGAAAUCCUCAAUCGAAAUGCAUUGUGUUUGAUGGGGAGCACAGCAUCUAUCUAAUCAAAAGUCGCCGUGCAACGCCUGCCACAAGGAUCAGUGCUGAUUGGUCAAAAUUGAGUUUGUGCUGGUUGUAUAUAGCACAGGAGCUUUCCACCCCUUAUGGAUCGGAAUUUGCAAAGCUAGGACUCUUAUUAUUUCAACUAUCUUUGUGACAUGCACUCACUUUUGUGGAGGUCAAGAGGACACUACAAGUUUGUUUGGAAGAGUGCAGGAGUAAGGACAGUACUAUACCAAGGAAAGACAGGAUGCGGGAUGAGGAUCAAAUAUAAGGAGGGAAUCCAUUCGAAUACCAAAACAGAGGGAGCACACAUAUUGCAAACAAUCAGUUGAAGGCGAAGUGAAUGUCUGCGGAUAGUCGCUUGCAGUUCCAUUGCAUCGAGAACAGCAAGAAAUCGAGUCCCCGCCGAGGCUGUCUGCCAGGAAAAUGCAAAAGUACAGGCAACGUGUCGUUCGACACUCAUGGAGAAAACCUGAUUGUGUAUGCUAGGAACCUACGGGGCUAUAGAGGGGCUGAGUAAUCCUCGCAAGUUCCUACCAAACCAUCUUCGCCGCUCCCUCCGUCUCCCUAGCCAUCGCGGACUUACCUCGCUGCAUGCUCAGGAUGGUGCAAGAAGCAGAC